AUGGUUGCUAUGCCCGGGAUAGAUUCGGUACACGCGUGGCGCUUCGCAAUCAUCGACUUUCGAACCUUUAACACUGUCACAAUCCGGCUUCGUAAGGUGCCAGCGGUUGCAGCAAACCAUGUAGAUCACAUCAAAAGACACGGCCACUUUAAUGUAGCCUUGACUCAUCACCCCUUUCAUCACAUUUCUCUUUGUUUGGUUAGCGUGCAAGGGGAGUGUCGUCCAUUGAUUACCUGUGGCAGACAGGUUGGAGUCAUUAGACCAGACGUCGCCUGCUGCCUUCUGGACUACCCCCAGGUCUUCACUGCCACGCCGGAUGCUUUCAUUAUCAAUCCGCAGUUGAAUUCCUACGCCUCGAGAUCGAGCGCCCUCGACUACGUGCUGCGCGACCUCCGGGCCAAGAACGUGCUGCUGGCCCUCCGCGGGUGGCGCGAGGAGUGCUUCAACGUGUGGGCCGAUUUCGGGGCCGAGCCGCUCUUCAAGAUCGAAAGGUCUGCGGCGACUGUAUUGGGCGUAAGGGCGUAUGGUGUCCACGUGACAGGUUACACAUAUCGAGAUGGCAAGAUGAUGAUAUGGUUGCAGAAAAGGUCAAUAGAUAAGCCUACCUACCCCGGCAUGAUGGACACCAUGGUCGGCGGUGGCCUAACAGCAGGACUGAAGCCUUCUGACGUGUAUCUAAAGGAAGCCUACGAGGAAGCCUCCCUCCCUGAACACCUGCUCAAGAAUGGCCGACAGGCUGGAACAGUCGCAUUUUUCACGGAGUCUGAGCGCGGCCUGCAUGCCAACACAGAGUUUGUGUACGAUGUUGAACUUCCUUCCGAUUUCACCCCGUCCAAUAAUGAUGGAGAAGUAGAAGGCUUUGAAUGCAUUCCAGUUGAGGAACUCCUCGAACGGGCCACGUCCAGCAAAUACAAGUUGACAUCCGUGCCAGUGGCUGUGGAUUUCUUAGUUCGCCAUAGUUACAUCACGCCAGAAACUGAAAAGGAAUUCCCUACACUCAUGGAGCUCUUACAUGUUCCACUAAAUCAGCUGUAUCGAAGAUGGCCACACAACAGGUUCCAGGCCUCGCCUACUCCUUCACUUAUUACAGAUGUUUGAGUGUGGAAUUUGCUGAUAUAUGUUUGAGGGAAAAAUAGUAAAGUACUAAUUUUAUGUCGGUAAUUUCUCUGUUGACUGGAUUUUUAUAUUUUUAUUCUUAAUUCUUUAGCUAGAAAGGUGAAAUCAAAACAAAAUACGCCAAAAACAGCAGCUGUAAGUUUUAUUACAGUUAGUUCAUCUUUUGGUAAUAGAUUUUAUGUUUUGUAAAACCAUUUCUCUAAAAGAAAAUCUGCUCCUUUUUCUUACUUUAUAAACUACUUUUAAGAUACUUUUUUUAAUAUGACAAUGAAAUAUAGUUCAAUACAUAUAGUUUGUAAUGUGUAAAAAAAAAGGAUAUAAAAGGAAUAUUUUAUUAGAUAUUGCUAAGUACUUCAGUAUUUAAAUAUGCCUCAAGAUGAGAAGACAAAAAUAUCUUUUACACAGGUUAUGAGUGAAAUAAACAGUAUAUAUAUAUAUAUAUGAAUUGUAAGCAAAAAUAAUGUUUCAAAUGUGGUUUCUUUUAUUUUAAUUAUCUGAAGUAUAAGAGUAUCAAUUUCCUGUGUGUCUGUACAUUUUUGCAUGCUCCUCAGUUGCAAACUUGAAUGCC